AUGGCAUUCCGUACAACUAUGGUGGUCAAGCAUGCAUUCCAGAUUCUAUUCCGACGACACUGUCUUGUUGCCAAAGUUCUCCAGAAUUAUGAAGCCGUCAUGUUCAUUGAUGCAGACAUUGGCGUCGUUAAUCCAAAUAGGCGAAUUGAGAAGUUCAUGGAAGAUGACGUUGACAUCACAUUUUACGAUAGAAUUCAAAAUUGGGAGAUUGCAACGGGAUCGUAUAUUGCGAAAAAUACGAAAUAUGUCAUAGAUUUUUUGAAUGAUUUCGCAAACUACGAGACGGAACUUCCAAAUGAUAGCUUGCAUGGAUCUGAUAAUGGAGCUAUUCAUAUGUUUCUCGCUGAAAAACUUCUCCCAGUGGGAGCUCUCUCCAAAAGCCAAUGCCGUCAGAUUUACGAGAAUUCUAAAACAUUUGAUGACUUAUUUAGUUUUGAAGCUUGUAUUCGAAAGCUGAUGAGAUCUGAAUCAAAGUUUGGAAAAGUGAGGAUUCUAGAAAAAGGAAACGGAUGGGUCAGAGAUGGUUGGUUGACUAACAAUCUAUGGAAUCCUCGUGUAGAUUUUAUGCUGCAUGGUUGGAAAUCUUCCCAGUUGAGAGAGAUUCCAGUUUGGGAGUUGAGACCCGUCGCAACUUCUCGGAAUCAAUGGUUCAAUCCAUUUAUCGGAGAAUUUGAUUUGAAAAAGUGCUCACCUGGAAACAAAACGUGGAACUACGAUUCUAGAUUAAUAGGGACAGUAUAUGGGAUUCAGAAGAGUUUGAAGAAGAUUGAAAAUGAAGUGGAAGUGAUGAAAAAGAAAUCGUUACUGCGAGUUGAUGACAUUUUGUAA